CUCUACAAAAAUUCAAAAAAUCAUUGCCAUAGAAAUUGACUAAAAAUGGAAUGAAGAGAAGAGAUUGACAGAGGAAUUGUCGUGCUAUAGGGGUUGGCGCAUCAGAGAUAUGAAGAGGAAGAUAAGAAAAAGAAGAGAUUAUCUGCCGGUUUGUAAGAAGGAGAGCGCAUGAGAGGGAGAAGAGAGUCGGUCGCUGCCGCGGAAGAGCAGAUCCAGAGCAACAUAGAGGAAAAGAGAAAAAAAGAAAAGGAUCUUGGAAUUGGAAUCCAGCACCACCAUACUUUUGGCGAUUGGGCAAACUCAGAUUAUUGCAUCCAAAGCAAUCAGCUAAACACUUCCAGCCUCCAAGAUCGAAGCGAGAGACGUGGAAGAAACCGCGAGAGAAAGCGAAAAAACGUGGAAGAACCGCGAGAGAAAACCCAUUGAGAGGUACCAAUGUGUGUCCGCUCUCGCACUUCCAUCUCCAGAAUAUCUUCAUUCUAUCUCAGACUUUAGUGGUGGCUGAGGAAGAGUUUGUGUGGCUUAUUGCAUCAAAAUGGGUGGCCCUGAACAACCAAAGAAAAGAGUGGCCUUCGUGCUUAUUGAUGGGUUGGGAGAUGUAUCUCUGCCAAGAUUUGGUUACCGGACUCCUCUGCAAGCAGCCAAGAUUCCGAAUUUGGAUGCUAUAGCGUCUGCAGGAGUUAACGGGAUGAUGGAUCCUGUUGAAGUAGGCCUAGCAUGUGGAAGUGACACUGCCCAUUUGUCUUUGUUGGGUUACAAUCCAAGGGUGUAUUACCGGGGCAGAGGUGCUUUUGAGUCUAUGGGGGCUGGCCUGGCAAUGUCACCCGGUGAUAUUGCAUUUAAGUCAAACUUUGCAACCCUAGAUGUGGCGACUGGGGUAGUGGUAAGUAGGAGGGCCGAUAGGCAUUUUGAAGAAGAAGGUCCAGUUUUUUGUGCUGCUUUGGAUGGAAUGAAGCUACCUUCUUUUCCUGAAUAUGAAGUUAGAGUCAGGUAUGCCACAGAGCACAGGUGUGGUGUGGUGGUAAAGGGACCAAAGUUAAGUGGAAACAUAUCAGGAACUGACCCAUUGAAGGACAACCGCCUUCUUUUACAAGUCCACGCUCUUGAUGAUACAGAAGAGGCAAAUCACACCGCUGCAGUUGUUAAUGAACUUUCUAAAGAGAUGUCCCGCAUUCUUGUUUCCCAUCCGCUUAAUGCAAAGCGUUUGGCUCAAGGAAAGAGCAUUGCCAAUGUUGUCCUCUUAAGAGGCUGUGGCAUUCGAAUUGAGGUUCCUCCAUUUGAAAAGAUACAUGGGCUCAGGCCAUGCAUGGUUGCUCCUACCAAGAUAAUAGCUGGGCUAGGUCUGUCGCUUGGGAUUGAUAUACUAGAAGCUCCUGGGGCGACUGGAGAUUACCGGACUAUAUUAACAUCCAAAGCAACUGCCAUAGCCAAUGCACUCUCUGCUCCUCUGCAGUCUUGCCCCAAUAUUUUUGUUCCUGGUGAAGAUGAGCACAAGCCUGGUAUAUCUGAUGGCUAUGACUUCGGGUUUCUUCACAUUAAGGCAAUAGACGAUGCUGGUCAUGACAAAGCAAGUGUUUUCAAAGUAAGAGGACUUGAAGCCGUAGAUCGUGCUCUAGGGCAGCUUGCUAAACUUCUAUGGUCAGCACAAUCAUCGGGCAAAUUCGAGUUCUUCCUCUGUGUCACAGGGGACCACUCUACACCCGUCGAGUAUGGGGACCACAGCUUCGAACCUGUCCCAUUUGCAUUGUGCAGUCUGAAGGACUUUGUGGGCGCGGUCGGGGGAGAGGCAGUCCUCUUAGAAACCUCACUGGAUCCAUUCCCCCUUCCAACUACCAAUGCCAGCGAAAGUUUAACUGCUGAUUUGGGAGCCGAAAAGAAGCGAGCAGAGGGUUUUGGUGGGGACUCUGUGGGGGAGUUCAGUGAAGUAGCAGCGGCAAGAGGUUGCCUUGGGCGAUUCUCCGGGAGUGAGAUGAUGGGAAUUAUAAACUCAUAUCUUAAACUACAAGCAUAAUAGUGUAUCAAAGAUGGCAUGGAAAGAGCUUGGGAUUGUUGUUUCACUACAAAUAAUUGUAGGCACAGAUAGGUCCGUGUCAUAUACUGAGCGAAUAAGAAUGCGCCAUGUGGCUCGCUCUUCUUCGCGGGCUUGGCACGACACUAUCCGUGCCAAAUAUUUUGUGCCAAUUCUGCAUUUUUGGGUAAUGUACCGUGCUGCGUUUGAAAAAUUAAUAGUUCUUAUGUCC